CACGCGCGCGUCUCCGCCAGCAGCUCACCCCCCCCCCCCCUCCCGUUCUCGGGCGGCGGGUCUGAAGCGGCGGCGCGAUGAGCUGGCCGGCCGCCCCCGGCUCGGGGCUGUGAGGCGCUCGGGGCCGGGGUGCGCGGCGGCGCGGCGGGCGGCGGGCGGCGGACGCUCCUGCUCGGCGGCGGCCAUGCGCGCGGGCCGGGGCGGCGUCCCGGGGACCGGCGGCCUGAGGGCCCCGCCGCCGCCGCUGCUCCUGCUGCUGCUGGCGAUGCUGCCCGCCGCCGCCCCGCGGUCCCCGGCCCUGGCCGCCGCUCCUGCGGGACCCAGCGUGAGCCUCUACCUGAGCGAGGACGAGGUGCGCCGGCUGCUCGGUCUUGAUGCAGAACUUUACUAUGUGAGAAAUGACCUCAUCAGUCACUACGCUCUGUCCUUUAACCUGCUAGUGCCCAGUGAGACAAACUUCCUGCACUUCACUUGGCAUGCAAAGUCCAAGGUUGAAUAUAAGCUGGGAUUCCAAGUAGACAACUUUGUGGCCAUGGGCAUGCCCCAGGUCAAUAUUUCUGCUCAAGGGGAGGUCCCACGCACUUUAUCAGUGUUUCGGGUCGAGCUUUCGUGUACCGGCAAAGUAGACUCGGAAGUCAUGAUACUAAUGCAGCUCAAUCUGACAGUGAAUUCUUCAAAAAAUUUUACAGUUUUAAAUUUUAAACGAAGGAAAAUGUGCUACAAAAAACUUGAAGAAGUAAAAACUUCAGCCUUGGACAAAAACACUAGCAGAACUAUUUAUGAUCCUGUACACGCAGCUCCAACUACUUCCACACGUGUGUUUUACAUCAGUGUGGGGGUUUGUUGUGCAGUAAUAUUUCUUGUAGCAAUAAUAUUAGCAGUUUUGCACCUUCAUAGUAUGAAAAGGAUUGAACUGGAUGACAGCAUCAGCGCCAGCAGCAGUUCACAGGGGCUGUCUCAGCCGUCCACCCAGACGACCCAGUAUCUGAGAGCUGACACACCCAACAAUGCAACUCCUGUCACCAGUUACCCUACCUUGCGGAUAGAGAAGAACGACUUGCGAAGUGUCACUCUUUUGGAAGCCAAAGCCAAGGUGAAGGAUAUUGCAAUAUCCAGGGAAAGGGUCACACUGAAAGAUGUACUUCAAGAAGGUACUUUUGGGCGUAUUUUCCAUGGGAUUUUAGUAGAUGAAAAAGAUCCAAAUAAAGAAAAACAAACAUUCGUAAAAACAGUUAAAGACCAAGCUUCUGAAGUUCAGGUGACCAUGAUGCUUACUGAGAGCUGCAAGCUGCGAGGUCUGCACCACAGAAACCUCCUUCCUAUUACUCAUGUGUGCAUAGAAGAAGGAGAAAAGCCUAUGGUGAUAUCGCCAUAUAUGAACUGGGGGAAUCUUAAAUUAUUUCUACGGCAGUGCAAAUUAGUAGAAGCCAAUAAUCCACAGGCAAUUUCCCAACAAGAUCUGGUACAUAUGGCUAUUCAGAUUGCCUGCGGAAUGAGCUACCUGGCCAGAAGGGAAGUGAUUCAUAAAGACCUGGCUGCUAGGAACUGCGUCAUCGACGACACUCUUCAAGUAAAAAUCACAGACAAUGCCCUUUCCAGAGACCUGUUUCCGAUGGACUACCACUGUCUGGGGGACAACGAGAACAGGCCAGUGAGAUGGAUGGCUCUGGAAAGCCUGGUCAACAAUGAGUUCUCUAGUGCUAGUGACGUGUGGGCCUUUGGAGUGACACUGUGGGAGCUCAUGACUCUGGGCCAGACGCCCUACGUGGACAUCGACCCCUUUGAGAUGGCCGCUUACCUGAAAGAUGGUUACCGAAUAGCCCAGCCAAUCAACUGCCCUGACGAACUGUUUGCUGUGAUGGCCUGUUGCUGGGCCUUGGACCCAGAGGAGCGGCCUAAGUUUCAGCAGCUGGUCCAGUGCCUCACAGAGUUCCAUGCUGCCCUGGGCGCCUACGUCUGACUUCUCUCCCAGCUCUACCACUCAGAAGAAAGUGCCUGUCUGUCGCAGUUGCUUCGUGUGCAGCGCAGUGCCUGUAGGAGCCCUCUGUCUCCUAGAACACACAGCCUUAGGAAUGCUUUCAGACCGAACCUUUAAAGACAACUUAAUAAUGCAGAGUAUUUUCUAGAUACCACUUUUACUAGGUUGAACCAAAAGGGGUUUUGUAAAUUUUUUGGCCAAAAAUUUUUUAAAAUAUAGUUACUUUGGACUAGGGGUUGCAUUCUUUAAAAAUAAACAGUUUUAAAGAUUAUUUAGACAGACAUUUGGAAUAGCUGUCAUAGUGCCAACUGCUUUUAUUUUUAAUGUUUUACUUCAUUGAGGUAAUAAUGUAGGUGACUCACCUUUAAAGUUUUUUAAUAUUUUGGUCACUACUUUUGGGAAUGGUGUAUCUUCAAAAUGCGGUACAUUUCUUAGGAAAAUCAACAUUACAAAAGUGUCUGAUUUGCCUUAUACAAGGAAAAAUGGUAUAUUAGCAAAAGGAAAAUUGACGAAAAAGUAAAAGAAAUUAAAAGGUAAAAGUGAAAAAGCAUACACCCUGCAUGGGAAUGCUCGUUGAGUGACUGUGGCCUUGCUCGUGUUUGAGGGAAGCAGCUCCCAGCUCAUCGCCUCUCAGCUUUCCUGUGAGCUGGAAGAAGGCUGGGCAGAUGCGUAGAAGGCAGUGGUGAUCCUAUUUAUUUUUCGCUCUCCUGGUAAGGAGAUGACGCAGUUCCAGACAGUGACCCCUCUCUACUGCUGUGUUCCCCCAUGCACGCCUGGGUGGAGCUGUGCACAGAGCCAGUGCUUCCGAUGUUGUGGGUUUGGGGUCUUUUGGUUUGGUUUUUGGUUUAAAUUGGUAAUUUUUAUGCUUAUCUUCAAGGCUGGCUUAAGUAUAAAUUUGUUUUUUAAAACACUUGAAAAAUUAAAGGACUCGUUUUAUAUGCUGGUAUUCAAAA